UCCAAGCAAAGCCAGGCCGAACCGAACCCUAUUAUGUUCUCUGUCGCUCUCUGAGAUGGAGGGUUCGCUCCAAAGGAAGCGGCAAUCACACUGACUGUGCUUUUAACAUCUCUCUCUCUCUCUCUCUCUCUCUCUCUCCCCGCAGCUGAAAUCUCUUCGAAUCUCUCCGUGCAUAGUUGAACUCUGCCUGGAAGUGAAAGAAAAGUUUGAGUUGUUUUAGCACACAAUUGGAGGCACAAUUGAAGGCUAGGGUAGGUGUAUAACGUCAGUAGGCUCUGGUGUUAUUGAAAUCUGCAACCUACAUCUUGAGUUUUCGUGGAAGUAUGGAAGGGAACAGGCGACCCUUCUUUAAGAAACUCCCUAACACACAAUUUAAGAAAAAGGGAGGUGCCAAAAGAGGAAAGUGGUCUAAUUCUAGUCGGGAACAAUCUUCUGGUAAUUCCCACACUUCAGAUACUGUUUAUCGGAUACUCUGCCAUUCUAGAAAGAUUGGUAGUGUUAUUGGAAAAGGUGGAAGCAUAGUCAGAGCCCUUAGAGAAGAGACGCAGGCAAGGAUUACUGUUGCUGAUUCUGUCCCUGGCUCAGAUGAAAGAGAGAUAAUCAUCUAUAGCCCUGCUACAAAGAUCCAUAGAAAACACAACAGUGAUGAGGAUGAGGAUCCAGACACACAGAAAGAAGAUGAUUCCAUGGAGCCUCAUUGCCCGGCACAGGAUGCUCUCUUGAAAGUUCACGACAGAAUUGUUGAGGAAGACCUUGUUGGUGGAAGGGAAGAUGAAGAUGGUAAUGAAAAUGUGGUCACCACACGCCUUCUUGUUCCAAAUAAUACGGUAGGAUGCCUUCUAGGAAAAAAGGGGGAUGUCAUUCAGAGGUUACGAAGUGAUACAGGUGCAAGUAUUCGUGUUCUUCCAGCAGAACAUCUUCCUAUCUGUGCUCGGAGCACUGAUGAAUUAGUACAGAUAUCAGGAAAACCAGCAGUUGCAAAGAGAGCUCUUUAUGAGGUUUCCACUUUGCUGCAUCAGAAUCCCAGGAAGGACAGACCUCCAUUGAACUUCCCUAUGCCCCAUGGGGGCCAAGGUUUUCAUCCCCCUGGUCCUUCUAUGGCUAAUUUGCACCCUCCAGGAAAUUCAAUGUGGUCUCAGAAGCACUCUGAUUCCCGUGAUAUGCCACCAAUGCCAUGGAUGGGAGGAUUUGGAGACCAGCCUUCUGGAUUUGGGCUGGGUGGUUUUGAUGGCGGUCCUCGUAUGUAUGGUGGGGAGGUGCCAAGUGAGUUUUCUAUGAAAAUUUUGUGCUCAGCUGGGAAAAUUGGUGGAGUCAUUGGCAAGGGAGGUUUCAAUGUAAAACACUUGCAGGAGGAGACAGGAGCUAGUAUUCAUGUAGAAGAUGCAUCAGCAGAGUCAGAGGAACGUGUGAUUUGUGUCUCUUCUUUUGAGACUCUCUCGAAUCAAAGAUCACAGGCUAUUGAUGCCAUUCUUCUGCUUCAAAACAAAACGAGUGAAUUUUCUGAAAAAGGAAUUAUUACCACUAGACUUCUUGUUCCAUCAAGUAAGGUUGGUUGCAUUCUUGGACAAGGUGGUCAUGUAAUCAAUGAGAUGAGGAGGAGAACCCAGGCAGACAUACGUGUUUUCUCCAAGGAGGAUAAGCCCAAAUGUGCAGCUGAUCAUGAAGAGCUCGUGCAGAUAUCUGGAUACUUUGGUGUUGCGAAAGAUGCUCUGGCAGAGAUAGCAUCAAGACUUAGAGAAAGAUGUCUGCGAGAUGUCAAUGCUGGAGCAGAACCUUCAUCAGUUGGGCCAGUUAAGGGAUUUGGCCGUGUUGGAAGUUUACCUGGUGUAGGGCGGCCACAUCCGUCUGGCCCCAUAAGAGCUGGGAGCUCAAGAGGUUAUGAAUUUGUAAAGGGUGGUGAACAUGACUAUGAACCCAGGCGUUAUCCAGAUCCUCAAAGUCCUACCGGAUAUCCUAACAUCAACAGUGGUAUGGAUGUGAAGAUGCGAAACAAUGUCGUAGGUUCUGUAGUUGGAACAAGAGGGAGCAACACGAGUGAGAUUGAUCGAACGAGAUUGAAGUACCAAGAUCCUCAUUUUGGUGGUUCUGUUGAGAUUCAUGGGUCUUCUGAGCAUUUGAAUGCCUCCCGGAGUACUUUUGAGGCAUACAUUUCUUCUGCUGGACAAAAUAUCAAUUCUCCACGAGGCUCUUAUCAAAACUACAGUACUCAACAAAGCACCUACCCAACCAUCAAUACUCCACAAAACCCAUACCAGAAUAACAAUAUCCCACAAACUGCCUACCAGAACAUGGAUUCUCGGGAAGCCUUGUACCAAAACAUCAGUGCCCAAAAAACUCCCUACCAGACCAUUGGUGCACAACGUUCUUACCAGUACUGACACUAGAAUUGGGAUUUUUUUUGUACCAUAAUUUGUUGUAGUGUUUUAUAAUUUGGUAAUUGUCACUGAUUUAUCAGCACUUGACUGCAUGCUUUCAAGGUAAUUUGAGUUUUUCAUGAUCCAGCUUUCCUUGUCAUGAUCUGAAAUCAUUUUAGUGUUGGCUAUGCCGUGUUUGGUUGGGAGAUUUGAGGAGGGAUUUGGAAAGAGAAAUGAAAAAGGUAGGUGAAAUAUAAAUAAAAUAUACUUAAAUUUUACCUAAUUUCGCACACUUUUUUCUUUUUCUUUUUUAAAUUCCUCUCCAAAUCUUCCAACUAAGUACAGCACUGGGAAAACUAAAUGUUGUUUUCGGAUUGUUUUUAUUCUACUCAUUUUUUCUUCCCUUCUCUUUUUCCUGUAUAAAUACCUCUACAACUCAGUGUAAAUGCCCUGUAUUUUCAGAGUGCAUGUGCUUGAAUGAUCUGCUUUAACUAUAUCAGAAUUUCUGUAUAGACAAAGCUAGUUGUUGAUUGUCAA